GGGGACCCCGGCUUUCGGGUGGGGGAGGGGGGCAAACACAAAGCUCCGCGCGGAUGCUGGGCACCAGUUCGCCCACGAAGAUUCCGGUGCCUUCCUGGAUCACCAGCUACCCUUGUCGUGAGGGUUGUUAGAAAGGUAUUGCCAUGUUGUUUCGUCCUUUUGCCUCUGGGCAUUGUUCCACCUCAACCCAGCCACAUCGGAAGCCCUGAAGCUGGUCAGAAGGGGAUCCAACCUGGAAGGUGAAGAGAACCAAGAUAUGUGCAAGAAUUUUGUCUGAUCACAGUCCGGUUUGGAUUGAAUUUGAAUGGGGAAAGGGAAGAAAAUCGUGGAGAUUGAAUGAAAAUUUGUUUAAAUAUGAACAAAAUGUAGAAGAGUGUAAAAAACAAAUGAAUGAAUUUUUUAUUAUGAACAUGCAAAAAGGCACAUCUAUUGAGAAGUUUGGGACGCGAGCAAGACUUUUAUGAGAGGUGUAUUAUACAAAUGAAUAAUAAAUACAGAAAUAGGUUGCAAAAAAAAAAGAUUGGAGUUAGAGGAGGAAAUUAGAAAGAAGGAAGAGUUACUUAUAAAGAAUCCAGAAGACAAGAAAACAAAAGAAUUAAUAAAUAUCUUAAAAGGACAGUUUAAUAUGAUGAUGGCAGAUCAAGUGGCAACUAAUUUACAAUAUGUCAAGCAUAAUACGUUUAAUAAUGCUAAUAAGCCUGGAAGGUGGUUAGCUUAUUUAAUAAGAAAUUUAAUAAGAAGCAGAAAUCACAUAUGAUUGGUAAGAUAGAAUAUAGAGAUAAAGAAGUAUUUCAACAAAAUUUGAUUAAAAAAGCCUUUUUAGAAUUUUAUACAAAAUUAUAUGCUGGAGAUUUGAUUAAAGAUAUAAAUAUAGAAAGAUACAAGAACAAGGUGAGUAAGAGUAAGCUCUAUUGUGAGCUUACAAUAGAGCAAAGGGAAGAAUUGAAUCAACUUAUCACCUCAGAGGAAAUAAUUUUAGCAAUUAGACAGCUCAAAAAUGGGAAAGCGCCCGGAACAGAUGGUCUAACGGCCAUUUACUAUAAGAAUUUGCAAAAUGAAAUGGUAGAACCGUUGAAGGAAUUACUUAAUAGAAUACAAUUUGGAGAGGAGGUGCCUCCCUCAUGGAGGAUGGCUUUUAUUUCAUUAAUACCAAAGGAGGCGCAAGAUUGUAAUAAACCAGAAAAUUAUAGGCCAAUAUCAUUAUUGAAUACGGAUUAUAAGAUUUUUGCUAAAAUAUUAGCAAAUAGAUUGAUGCCAAUUUUGUGUCAAAUAAUUCAUACUGAUCAAUCAGGAUUUAUUAUGGGUAGACAAAUGAGAUAUAAUAUGAGAUACAUUGUAAAUCUAUUGGAAUAUUUGGAAAGGAACAGCCAAGUCUCUGCAGCGCUCUUCUUUUUGGAUGCCAAGAAGGCUUUUGAUAGAUUGCACUGGCAGUUUUUAUUUAAAUUAAUAGAAAAAAUGCAAUUUGGAGACUAUUUUAUACAAGCAAUUAAAGCAAUAUACCAGAAGCAGACAGCACAAAUAAUAAUUAAUAAUAGUUAUUAAAUUAUUAUUAAACAGAGUCUUUUAGAAUUGAGAAAGGGACAAGACAGAGAUGUCCUUUGUCUCCAUUAUUGUUUAUUUUAACUUUAGAAAUUUUAUUGAAUAGAUUACGUGAUGCAAGCCAAAUAAAGGGAAUAAAAAUUAAACAUCAAGACUAUCGAUUAAGAGCGUUUACAGACGAUUUGGUUGUUACUCUAUCUCAACCUAUUAAUUCUGGUAUAUAUUUGAAAGACAUAAUUGAUCAAUAUGGUAAGGUAUCUGGAUUUAAAGUGAAUUUUUUUUAAUUUUUAUUUAUUUAUUACAUUUUUAUACCGCCCUUCUCCCGAAGGACUCAGGGCGGUGUACAGCCAGAAAUAAAAUACAAAAUAUGUACAGUUAAAAACAAAUUAAAACAUAGCAAAAUUACGAAAUCGGCUGAUAAUUAAAAUUAAAUUUAAAAUAUUUAAAAUAUUAAUAAAACCCUAAUUUAAAAUCAAACUAUUAUGCCAGAAUGAACAGAAGACUAAGAUAAUAACUAAAAAUAUGAAUAUUAAACAAAAGGAUGAAUUGGAAAGAGUAACUGGAUAUGAAAUAGUUAACAAGGUUAAUUACUUAGGAGUAUAUAUCACAGCAUCAAAUGUGAAAUUAUAUAAAAAUAAUUAUGAAGUAUUGUGGCAGAAAGUACAGAGGGAGAUGGAACAUUGGAAGAACUUACAAUUAUCCUUACUGUGAAGUAUAGCAGUAAUAAAAAUGAACAUUCUGCCUAGGUUUUUAUUUUUGUUUCAAAUGAUACCAGUACUUAAAAAGGGUGCAAAUUUGCAGGAAUGGCAAAAAGGGAUUAGUAAUUUUAUCUGGAUGGGUAAAAAACCGAGAAUAAAAUUAAAGAUAAUGUAAGAUAUACGUGAAAGAGGGGAUCUAAAAAUGCCGAAUUUGAAAUUGUAUUAUGACGCAGUUGUUCUUUCAUUGAAUAGUGACUGGUUUAAUUCAACAGAGGAAAGAACUUUGAAUAUAGAAGGUUAUGAUUUGUUGUAUGGAUGGCAUGCCUAUUUAUUCUAUGACAAGAAAGUGGAUAAGAUUUUUAAAAGUCAUAUUCUUAGAAAUGCUUUGUUAAGGGUGUGGAAGAAAUAUCAAAACAAGCUAGAUUAUAAGAUACCAAUAUGGGUAAUUAACAUAUUCCUAGACAUACGAUAGAGAACAUAAAUAUAGAACAAAAACAAGAGGUAGUUACUUAUAAAGAACUACUUUUUGUAGAAAAGGAUAAGUUACAACUAAAAUCUUUCAACAAACUGAGAUGAAGGCAUGAAUUAUACUUGGUUUCAGUAUGAACAGUUACAAGCUAGAUGGAGAUUAGAUGAGAAAAUUGGUAUUAUGCAAAAUGAGGAAAAUUUGGUAAAACAAAUUAGAGAUCAAGGUCAAAUGCAUAUUAAGAGGUUGUACAAUGUAUUGAUAGAAAUAGACUCAGAAACAGAAUUAGUUAAGGAUUGUAUGAUAAAAUGGGCACAAAAUAUUCAACAACCUAUAAUGAUGGAAACAUGGGAAAAAAUAUGGGUUAGAAAUGUCAAAUUUACACAAGCACAAAGUUUAAGAGAGAAUUUUUAUAAAAUGUUUUAUAGAUGGCAUCUUGUUGUUGUUAGUUGCGAAGUCGUGUCCAACCCAUCGCAACCCCAUGGACAACAUUCCUCCAGGCCUUCCUGUCCUCUACCAUCCUCUGGAGUCCAUUUAAAUUCAUACCUACUGCUUCAGUGACUCCAUCCAGCCACCUCGUUCUCUGUUGUCCCUUCCUUCUUUUGCCCUCAAUCUUUCCCAGCAUUAGGCUCUUCUCCAGUGAGUCCUUCUUUCUCAUUAGGUGGCCAAAGUAUUUCAGUUUCAUCUUCAGGAUCUGGCCUUUUAAAGAGCAGUCAGGGUUGAUCUCUAGGACUAACUUGUUUGUUCGCCUUGCAGUCCAAGGGACUCGCAGGAGUCUUCUCCAGCACCAGAGUUCAAAGGCCUCAAUUCUUUGGCGCUCAGCCUUUCUUAUGGUCCAACCUUCACAGCCAUACAUUGCAACUGGGAAAACCAUAGAUGGCAUCUAGACCCUAAAAAAUUGGCAUGUAUGUAUCCGAAUAUGCAAGCCAAAUGUUGGCAAUGUGAAUGUGAGGAUGCUACUUAUUUUCAUGUAUGGUGGACUUGUAAAAAAAUCAAAGCAUUUUGGAUUAAAAUAUGAUGGAUUAUGCAGAAUAUUUUGAAAAAGAAGAUAAAAUUUACUCCACAGUUGUUUUAUUGGGUAUAAUUACAGAUUGUACAGUUAUAGAGACUAAGUUGAUUCUAAAUUUAAUAACAGCACCAAGACUUUUGGUUGCACAAUACUGGAAGAGAGAUGAUUUACCUAUGAUUGAAGAAUGGACACUUAAAGUAUCAAACUUAGCAGAAAUGGCAAAAAUCUCUGCGUAUUUGAAAGAACAUUCACAAGAAAAAUAUGUAUUGGAAUGGAGAAGGUGGAUUGAUUAUGUUCAAAACAAGUAUCGGACUAAAAAGUACCAAAUAGUUGUAUGAAUAAUGUUACGAAUGGUAUAUAUUAAUGUAUAUGUUUAAAUGGGAAAGGGGAGUUAAGGGGGUGUUGGGAGAGCGUGUAUAUGAGUUAGAUUUUUGUGUUAUUUUAGCUUGAUUGAUAAAUGUUAUACCCUGCAUUUUGUUCUGGGAAGUCUGGGGAGGGGGGGUUGGGGGGGAGGAGGAGGGAGUGGGAGGGGGGAAGUGGGGGGGGACGAUGGUUUAAAAAUUUGUUCUUUGUAAAACCUUUUCAAUAAAAAAAAAAUACAUAAAUUAUAUUUGGGAAGUACUUAUGUUAUAAGCUGUAAAUUUUGACUCGGUUAAUACUCUAUUCAGAAAAAAGUGUACUGUUUAUGUUUAAAAAAAUACAAAAAUACAAAAAAAAAAGAACUGGAGUAGCUUCUUCGAUGAGAAGCAAAAUGUCUUCAAAGAAAAACCAGAAAGUCCAGUUGCCUCCUGAAAAAGCACCUUUGGGACAGCCAUGACCUGGAUAACAGAAUCUCCAUAGAUUCCUAUCACUUAGGGAAGGCUGCUGCCUUCACGCUCCACCUUGUUUCUCCUGGCCUCGAUUAUUUUGGACCCUGGCCGGCAAGGCUCCUGCUCUGCUUUGGGCAGCCGCUGCAAAUAAACGGCUGCCUCCUGCACAAGAGGAGGCGGUGAGAAGUCUUUGAUGGGAAUGGAGAUCUCUCUCUCUCACACACACACACACACGUAUUUCCUUACUGCCUCGUCCUGAAAUUUAUGGGAUUUACUAUAAAAGCCUAGUUAAACUGCGCUUACAACUUCCCAUCUCCUAACCAGCAAGACUCCGAAGGGAUCGCAAAAACCAGGCAGCCGGACGCUCCGCGCGCACCAAGCGGUCUCUGUUGGGCGACCCGCCUCCCACCCUGCACCUUCGGCCUUCUCCCAGCAGGUCUCGUACGGUCGAGGCCCCCGGAGCAUGCCGGCCGAGGUGGCAGCCGGAACGCUCCGAGGGCCGCCGCGAAGAAAGCCGGAGCUCUGUGGGCUGCAGGAGGAGCGUCCCGGCAGGCAGCGAUCCGCGUGAGGCUGCUCCCGCGGGGCCAACGGAGCGGCCGUUGCCGGGGCGACCGCUGGACGCCCGGCCGGGAGCAUGGCGGCGGAGGCGCGCAAAGUGCCGCUGGGCAGGGAGGCACACGGCGUCUAUAGCCUCUGCUUCGGCGCGAGCGACGCGCAGCUGGCCGCCGGCUUUGGCGACGGGGCCGUGCAGGUAGCGGGGCCGGGCGGCGGCCGCCCUGAGCGAGGGCCGCCGCCGCCCGAGCUCACGCAGCUCUCCCCGCAGCUUGUGGACGCCGAGACGGGCGCGCCAGGACCCUGCCUGCGGCCGGGCCGGCGUCCGCGGCAGGCUGUCACCGCGCUCGGGUUCCACCGCGCCAAGCCCGGGCUGCUGCUGGCCGCCGGAGCCGACGGGGUUGUAGUCUUCUACGACCUGCGCGCGGGGAGCGCCUCGGCCUCUCUGACCGAGGAGGAGAACGAAAUCCAUGCGCUGGACUUCUGCCGCGACGGCAGCGCCUUCGCUACGGCCGGCAAGGACCGGCACAUCCGCCUCUACGACAGCCACACCCACCAGCUCGUCCACGUAGUGCGCGCCCCCGACUUCAUGGCCGGGGAUGAAUUUACGCCCUUCAGCGGCCACUCCCGGCGAAUCUUCGCGCUGCGCUUCCAUCCCAGCGAGUUGCACCUUUUCCUGACCGGCGGCUGGGACAACUCCGUCAAGGUUUGGGACAAGCGCGUGCCCAAAGGGGCGCAGAGCGUUAUCAACGGGCCCCACAUCUGCGGUCCUGGGAUCGAUAUUAAGAUGAUGGGGCUUGGAAACGGUAUUGGAAAAGGAGAGAUACAGCUGCCACCCCCAAUCUUCUGGAACUCCUACUCCUCUCUCAAGAAUCCCAGUCAUGGCAUUCCCAUGGGUCUGGGUCUCCUCUACUGAUGCUGGACUCCAGCUUUCAGCAGAGAUCAUGGCUGGGGAAUUUGUGGCCAGCUCUGGUGCCUCAGUUUUUGAACUGAGAUGCCCUGACAAAACUGACUUUUUAGUUCUCCUUACUCAUAUUCAGAGUACACAUCCUGCUAGGGCGGCCUUUGAAGAUGGCCCAGGAGAUUACGUUGUUCCAAAAGGAGGCCGCAGGUUCAGCAGAGUUACACCUAAUUUGAGGUGUUCUGAGCACUUUGAAGAGUGUCUACCUUAUGGAUGCUAUGGCGAUAUUUGCAAAUGGCCCGCAAGACUCCAGCCAGUUUAGUCUCUGCCAAGAUGCAUAAAUUGUUGGUGGACUCUUGCACUUGGGAAGGGCCAUUUUCUUCUCGGAGAUUCCUCAAGUUGCAAAAGCAGACCUGCGAUUCUGGUAAACAGAAAAAAAGGGGGGUCACCAACAGUCUUUGAUAAUCUGAUGCUGCAUGGCUCAUCUAAUAUCUUUUCAAAAGGAGAGCAGUUUUUACAUCUUAAGUUCAAUGCAUUCCACAGAAAUGAAGAAAAUAUUUCUCCACACCAGACAUAAUUUGGUACUCUUCUCUAAUUCACUUUCUAAUGCUACUCUUCCUCCAGCCUGGUGAAUCUCUUCUGUAGGUAUGUGAGCUUCAACCCUGAACAUUCUCAUUUAUUGCCAUAUUGAAUGCCAGAAGCUGAGGGUGACUUUUGUUGUCACCUCUCUUGGAAAGUUUUUUCCAGCCUCUGAGACAUUUUACUAAAUCUUGCCUGGGUUUUCUUCAGCAUUAUCCAAUCUUUCUGGCAGUUCCCAGAAUGACACAAUUUUCCAGCACCAGAAGUAGAGAUUUACGAGUCCCACCAAACCUACCUGAGAUUUAAGAAUAACACUUGUGGAUCUGUUCUCCGGGCUAGAGCCAGAGACAGGAGACUAAUACUGUAAAUAGUAGGAAAUAAGAUGUUAUUGUUGGGGUUCCAGCAAGAAUCUGACCAUCUACCGUAUCUGUAGCAACAAUCAAUAAGUUUACAUGCUGCUCUAAGUAUGGAUUUAAUGUAUUAGGUCUAAGGCAAAGUUCAUCACCAUUUUCAUUCAGCUCUUCCUCCGGGGUGUCUGCCUUUUCUUUCUGCCAGGGACAGUCUUUGCUUGAAUUGCAGGUCU